AUGACCGGCUCCAUCGCCGAUGCGAGGGCCAGUGUUGACCGUGCUCGUGGUGAGGCGGCUGAAUUCCGAUACAAGUAUGGCUACGAGAUGCCCUGUGAUGUCCUCGCAAAGCGACUUGGCAAUAUCAAUCAGGUCUACACGCAAAGGGCUUACAUGCGUCCCCUCGGAGUUGCCACGACCCUGGUAUCUGUUGAUUCGGAGAAGGGCCCCCAGCUCUACAAGGUCGAUCCUGCCGGAUACUAUAUCGGAUAUAAGGCGACUGCAUCUGGACCGAAGCAGCAAGAGGCGAUCACUUACUUGGAGAAGAAGCUGAAGAACAAGGAGUACGCUGACGGCAGCUGGGAGGAUGUGGUGGAGCUGGGAAUCACAGCUUUGAGCAAUGUGCUGAGUGUUGAUUUCAAGAAACACGAAUUGGAGAUCGGAAUCGUGGGAGGGCCACGAGCAGAUGGCCAGGAAGGGACAGACAUUGGUUUCCGGAGUUUGACGGAGGAGGAGAUCGACGAACGACUGCAGGCUAUCAGCGAGAAGGACUGA